UCCAUUCGAGUGUAACAAACAGCGAAGACGGAGCAGCACGCUGAACUGGAUCACCACACACACUGACAUUAGCUGGAGAAGAACAACAGUUUUAUAACCACAAACUUCCUUUCCCCCUCCAAAAAAAGAGAAAUAGCUGCACAGUGUAUCGCAAACGUGAUUUCCCUGCAGCCCGGGGGCUUUAGGAAACUGCAAGGAAGUCAUCAUGUGAAAAACAUUUAUUUGCUAAACGGACAAAAGGGCUGGAUUACAAGGGGAAAAAAACGAAAGUUUAAGGGUGUGAGCGGAAUGUCCGUGGAUGAAAAGCCUGAAGCCCCGAUGUACGUGUAUGAGUCGACGGUUCAUUGUACCAAUAUCCUCCUGUGCCUCAACGACCAGCGCAAGCAGGACAUCCUGUGCGAUGUGACCGUCCUGGUGGAGGGGAAGGAGUUCCGUGGGCACCGGGCCGUGCUGGCCGCCUGCAGCGAGUACUUCCUCCAGGCGCUGCUGGGACAAGCCGACAAUGAGCUGGUGCUCAGCCUUCCCGACGAGGUCACUGCCAGGGGAUUCGCCCCAUUGUUGCAGUUUGCCUACACUGCUAAGCUGUUACUCAGCAGAGAAAACAUCCAGGAGGUCAUCCGCUGUGCCGAAUUCCUGCGCAUGCACAACCUGGAGGACUCCUGCUUUCGCUUCCUGGAGGCUCAGCUGCGCAGCGAGGAGGGCGGCGUGCUGCUCUGCGGCAAGGCGGCGCCCGAGGGCGAGCGCUCGGAGGACGAGAGCAUGCAGUCCGAGUCCUCCUCGGUGUCGUCCAAGGCCGGCGGCGGCGGCGGCGCCGUGUCCGUGUCGACGUCCCCGAGGUCCAGGCGGCGCGGCGAGGCCCUCAACUCCCUGCGGCGGCCGGACGACGACGACAGGCUGGCGACGGCGGCAGUGGCGGUCGUCGGGGACUUUGCCGACGGGCGGCUGGACUUUGACAGGCACCACGGCUCCUCGGACCUCCCGCGCUGCCCCAAGUACAGGAAGUACCAGUGGGCCUGCAACAAGCACAAUAACGACACCUCCUCAUCACACACCAGUACCUCAGGUUUUCCAAGCACAUUCAAGGAGAGCGCCGUCGUCGUCGGGGGCUCCAUUCGGCCCGCGCUGACCCAGAUCAAGGUGGAGCCGCGGGGGGAGGAGGAGGUGACCGUCCCGUGCCUGUCCGGCGAUGAGCAGGAGGAGAGAGAGCGUGAUGGCCUGGUGGAGAUGGAGCUGGACGGCCGGGGACACAGCCCCAUGGCCCUGGAGCGGCCCAACAGCAGCAAGUCCCCCAGCUGCAUCCGGGCGCUCUUCAAGAGGAGCGGCGAGCUGCCCGGCCUGACCAGCCCUUCCCCGCAGCUAUUCGCCAACAGACUGGUCAGUGCCCAAGACAAAGGAACCACUCAGGGAGACCACAAAAAUGAGUACAGGCCUUUUGCAGGGGAGCUGGGCGUGCCGGUCACCUUGCCCAAGGAGGUGGACGGUUUCCCGGCGGGGCUGUCGCUGAAGUCGGCGUCCUGCGACGGCGUCUGCAAGCAGGAGACGGAACUGGACCGCCGCAGCGUCAUCUUCUCGUCCUCGGGUGCCUGCGAGCGGCUGGGUGCCCCGGCACACUCCUACCCCGGGGGCAACUCGCUGGACAAGGAGCUGGCUGGGGGGGAGCACACGCCAAAGGGCCUGUGGGCCGGCGCCAGCCAGUCGCUCCCCAGCUCCCAGAGCUGCGCCGCCUCCACCACCGCAAACGCCACCGCUGCCACCGAGCCCCCGCUGCUCUGCCGCCCGAGGCCCAACACCAGCUGCCCCGUGCCAAUCAAGGUGUGCCCGCGCUCGCCGCCCCCCGAGACCCGCACGCGCACCUCCAGCUCCUGCUCGUCCUACUCGUACGCCGAGGACGGCAGCGGUGGCUCGCCCUGCAGCCUGCCCCAGUUCGAGUUCUCCUCCUCGCCCUGCUCCAACGUCACCCGCUGCCUGACCGCUGACCAGCCGGAGCCCAGCGCCGGCGCCGACUCGCUCUUCGGCCAGGUGCGGCCCAAGAUCAAGUGCGAGCAGUCGUACGGCACCAACUCCAGCGACGAGUCGGGCUCCUUCUCCGAGGGAGACAGCGAAUCCUGCCAUGUCCAGGAGCAAGGACCAGAGAUCAAGCUUCCCUUCCCUGUCGAUCAAAUCACAAAUCUUCCAAGGAAUGACUUCCAAAUGAUGGUAAAAAUGCACAAACUGACCUCAGAACAGCUGGAGUUCAUCCACGACGUCCGGCGCCGGAGCAAGAACCGUAUAGCAGCUCAGCGCUGUCGUAAGAGGAAGCUGGACUGCAUCUUAAACUUGGAGUGUGAGAUCCGUAAACUGGUCUGUGAGAAGGAGAAGCUGCUGACGGAGCGUAACCAGCUGAAGGCCUGCAUGGGAGAGCUGUGGGAGAACUUCUCCUGCCUGUCUCAGGAAGUCUACAAGGACGUGCAGCUGAGCCCCGAGCAGGUGCACCGCUACUGCCCCAGCCUCCGGCCCGCCAACGCCACGCCCAACUCCACCCCCACCCCCAACACCACUGCCAGCAACAGCAACAGCAACAGCAGCAGCACCGCCACCACGGCCACCGGCCCCCCUGCCUCCACCAGCAUCGACCUCACCACCAACUCCCGCUCCGCCACCCCUGAGCCCCAGUUCCACAAGUCGCCGGGGCCCUCGGAAGGCGGGCCGGGCCCGGCCCAGUGGUGUCUGGCGACCGGCAACGGUGCCGAUGGGCUGGUGGGGAACGGGAGGGAGGGUCCAGACUCCAUCACCAAGGCAGCUGUAGCCUUCCACGAGUCAGGGCUGUCGUCAUCGGAACAGUGCAACCAGACGGUGACAGUAGACUUCUGUCAAGAAAUGACUGAUAAAUGUACCACCGAAGAACAGCCCAGGAAGGACUCUUCCUAGUGCUGCUGGGAAUCUGUCUUUUGUUUUGUUUUGUCAAUUUUUUUAUUUAGUUAAAUGAGUUUUUGACAGACCCUUUUUGAAAAGGGUUGUUACAAUGGUCAGCCUCUGCCAGUGUUCUUAUUUGAAACAUUUAUUUUGUUUUGUUAGUAUUUAUGUCUUUUAUUGUCUUUGAAAGGUUGACACUACAGUUGUCUUAACUGCAGCAAUACUGUUGUCCAGGUUUUUCUCUAUUCUAACCAUAACAGAAUGGUUGCGAAUUCUCACACAGCUCUCACAACGGUGCUACACCUUUCCCCGCCAAUGACCUCCGCAGGGGCAAUGCUGCUUUUGAUGUAUUACAGUCCAUUCAAAGCAGGGAUGGGCACAGACCGCAUCUCAAACUCAAACCUCUAUGGACCUAGCAGCAGCUGUCUCUCUCUCUAUCUAUCCCUCUCUCUCUCUGUCUUUCUACCCCCUCUCUCUAUCUCUCUAUUUCUCUAUCUAUCUAUCUAUCUAUCUGUCUAUCUGUCUCCUUCUCCAACCUGUAUCUAUGUCCUCCUUUCUUCUAUCUUCCCUCCUCUCUCUUUGACCUUCUCAUUCUCUCAGUGGCCCUUGUCACACAAUUCAAACUCAGGAAGUAUUCUGAAUGUUCAAUAUUAUUCAUGAAAAAAGGAUACAGAUUCUGUACAUGAAAGAUUCUUUUUGCAGCAUCUCAGCUGUAAAUGUUCAUAUGCAAAAACGUCUUCUGCGUCGCUCAUUUUUACUGUUUCUGUACUGCAACACUUUUAUGUACAGAUGGUUGUAUCUAAACAUUCCUCCUUUGCCUUCUACAGCACUGAAAUGAACGAAAAUGACUCAAAAGACAGAACGAAUUGACAUGAGGUUGAAUAGCUAUGUCCCAACACAUCAGCAAUACCCUUGUAUUUGGAUGUUUUUAAUGGUAAUGUAUAAGUGCUUGCUUAGCAGAAAGUGUGGUGUAUAUAGUAUGGAGCAUGGUGGCUGUCAGUAAUGUUGUACAGGUCAAGGUUUAGCCGUUUCGUUUCUCUCUGGGGUUAUAUCAAGCACCUUUUUACCAAGGAAAUCAUUCUGCUCUGCUGUUUCCUGUCUAAAGUGAAAUCCCCAUGAAGGUGGGUGUUCUUGAACUCAGGAAAUCAGCCUGUCACUGAU